GUUAGGUCCAAAUCCAAGAGGACUCAGCGGGCGAAGGAGAUAAACCCUAGAUUCUUUCUUCAUCAUUUUUCACUGUUUGCUAGAAGAAGACGAAAAUGUUGAAGAAGUUCUCUCAAGUCUUGACGGUUAGGAGACCUUUGUCUAAGUUUUUGUUGCCAAGAAAAGUAAGCAAUACUGAGGAUGCCUUAUUGUCCAGAAGCUUUGUUUCCCAAGCUGUGGCUAGACCAAACCCUGCGUCUGAUGGUGAUUCAGGCAGAGUAUUUGUGGAUUAUACUAUCUUCAAGGGAAAAGGUGCUCUCAAUAUGUCCCCUAUUCCACCAAAGUUCAUCCAGCUCCAGUCUGGGGGUGGUAUGAAGAUAGAUAGGAAGGGUGCAAUGAUGCUGAAUUUUUUUCCUGCUGUUGGUCCAAAAAAGUAUGAUUGGCAAAACAGACAAGGUUUUGCUUUGUCAGUGACAGAGAUUGGGGCCCUAAUAAGUCUUGGACCUUCCGAGUCUGCUGAAUUUUUCCACGACCCAUCAAUGCAAUCAAGUAACGCAGGUCAAGUUAGAAAGAAAUUAUCAGUUCAGCCGAUUGGAAAUGGUGCCGGCUUUUCUUUUUCAUUGAAUGUUAACAACUCGGUGUCUAAAACCAGCGACCAGUUCUAUGUGCCCGUUUCUAAGGCAGAGUUUGAAGUGAUGCGCUCAAGUUUCAAUUACAUCCUGCCACGCAUCAUGGGUUGGGAUCAGCUCUUUAAUCCUCAGCUGCCAGCAAGUGCCAACGUUAAUCCUGAAAUAAGAGAGCCAGAGAUGGAGCCGGAGAUGCACUUAAGUCCUGAUCCUGAGUGGGAUAGGUAGACAGUGAACAAGAUGUGGAUUAUCUAAAGUGUAAGUUGAAGAGACAGUAGUCAUAUUAAGUAUCUUAACAAACGCAUGUGAAAAGUAACCUGAUAGAUUAACAGUAAUAGGAGUAUACUAUGUUUGGUAUUUUGUUUUACCUUUUUGGUUUAUUUUUCUUGGAUAAUUACCUGCAUUCAGUCAUUCAUUCAUUGUACGCCCGUUAACCCUAGUUCAGCGGCUCAAUGAUGACUCGGAUGAAGGUAAUGGUUAUGGGGUUGGUGCAUUUUUCUUCCUUAUAGCAGGUGCUCUCAGUAUGUCCCCUGCGUCUGAUGGUGCUUUUGAUUA